AGUUUACCCUCCAGUACACAUGAGGGCAGCACUGGGAACUCAACUGUUUCCUGUUGUCCCACCUUCUCCGAAAACAUGGCUGCUCCCAUGGCUCUCAGACGAGAGUUAUGUUCUUUGGCAAGGAUAUUAAGUGGAAUCUCGCAUUUGGCACCGAGAGCUCUGGGAGUCUGUUCUGGGCACAAUAAAUGUAACAUAAUCAGGUCCCGUCUCCCAUCGACAUCCAGCACUUCCUUCCACACAGCGACAGUGUUUUCAUCAAUCACCGUCACAGAGGAGCCUGACACGCUGUUUCAGAUGGUGUCAGUGAUGGUCAAAGGUCACGACAGGGCCGUGUUGGACAGCUAUGAGUUCUUUGCCAAGAUGGCAGCUCAAGAGUUGGGCAUCACCAUCAACAAAGUUUACGAACCUCCCAAGGACAUCGAGAGAUUGACGGUCCUGAAGUCAGUUCACAUCUUCAAAAAACACAGGGUCCAGUAUGAGAUGAGGACACACUACCGGUGCUUUGAGCUGUCUCAUAUGACAGGCUGCACGACACAAGUAUACCUUGAAUACAUCCAGAGGAACCUCCCUGAAGGUGUAGCCAUGGAGGUGUCAACGACUGCCAUAGAGAAAGUUCCAGAUCACAUCCUUGAACCCAUGUGGGAGGACCGCCCCAUUGACGACAAGCCCGGCCAGUGAAUUUAGUGAUGAGCAACAGACGCUCAUUUUCCUUAAACAUCAGUGAAUAUGUUGGAUAAAUGAGAAAAACUGCAAUAUUAACGUGUGUUUGUUGUGGACUCAUGCUCUUCAUUAGGAUUGAACAGCACAGAAAAAUAAAAAAAUGUUUGUUUCAUUGUCUGUGUGGGAUCAGUUAUAUGUUGCAUUUCUUUUUUCAUUAAAUAAAUUCUGUAUUUCAUUCUGUAA